AUGCCUCAUGGAACGUUCAUCUUCGUCCCAGAACAAGCGUACUGGUGGUAUUUGGCAUCUACAGCGAUUGGGUUGAUCAUCUCCUGGUCAUUGCAUAAUGUGAUCGCAUGGAUGAAAAACAAGGCCUUCAUGGCACGAUGGUUGUCACUCGCCUAUAUUGGGACCGUGUUCCUAGCCCAACCCUACUGGGGAGUUGAAAUUUUCGCCAACUUUGCCUACUUCAACAACAUUGAUGCCGCUUUCUACGAGAGUUGCGACCAUUGGAAGCACUAUUUCGGUGGUCAAGACGCAUUGUAA